CACGGCCUUAAGAACAAACAGCUGUUCCACACGUGCGUGUUGUUGAGCGCAGAAGUUUGUUGAAAAUUUACAAAAGUUAGAAGAAUUAUAUUUCAAUCGCUAAUUUGGUUUAGUUGGCAGAAAUGGGUGCCACGAAGAAUAUUGACUUAAUUACAACUAUCGAAGAUGAUGCGGAGGUUGAAAACUUUUCUGAAGACUCCGAUGCAGAAGUGGAGUAUCAACCCACGAAAAUUCGUCACAAAAAAGAAGCCGAGUUUGAAAAAGGGUUUAAAUUUGUAUCAUCGGUAAAGGAGUACAACCAAGAUACCUGGGAUGACUUAAUGAAAUAUGUGAAGCGCAAGGCACGUACCAAGACUGAUGACAAAAUUGCAGCGCGUUUAAAAAAACGUGAAGCUGAAGGGAAACCAACAGAAGGCUCCGAUAUUGAAAAUGAAGAGGAGAUCCCUCUAUCUGACGACGAGUUGAAGCACGAUAAUUUGCGUCUUCGAGAGAAAAAAUUAAUCAAAAAGAAGAAAAAUAAAUCAGGAGAUAAUUCGGAUGAAGAAGAAGAGGGCGAAAAAAUGCAAUUCGACGAAGCAAUUGAGAGUAACGAAUCAAUUACAUCUUUUUAUCAGAUGAAUUUAUCACGCCCGCUUAUGCGAGCUAUCGGUGUACUGGGCUACAUCUAUCCAACGCCAAUACAGUCGUCUACAAUACCGAUCGCUUUGCUAGGUCGCGAUAUCUGUGGUUGUGCAGCCACUGGUACCGGUAAAACAGCGGCCUAUAUGUUGCCAACUUUGGAGCGUCUUUUAUAUAGACCAAUGAAUAGCAAAACUAUUACUCGCGUACUUGUACUGGUACCAACACGUGAGUUGGGCGCACAGGUUUAUCAGGUCACAAAGCAGUUGUGCCAAUUUACCACAAUUGAUGUGGGACUAGCAAUUGGUGGUUUGGAUGUAAAAGCGCAAGAAUUGGUGUUGCGGCAGAAUCCAGACAUAGUCAUAGCAACGCCAGGUCGUCUCAUCGAUCAUAUUAAGAACACUCCUAGUUUCAGCUUGGAUUCCAUUGAGGUGCUCAUUCUGGACGAAGCUGACCGGAUGUUGGAUGAAUAUUUUGCUGAACAAAUGAAAGAAAUUAUCAAUUCCUGCGCAAAGACACGACAGACCAUGUUGUUCUCGGCCACAAUGAGUGAACAAGUGAAAGAUUUGGCUGCUGUUUCCCUCAACAAGCCAGUUAAAGUAUUCGUCAACAAUAACCAACAAGUGGCAUUCAAUCUGCGUCAGGAAUUUAUACGCAUACGUGAAGAUAAAGAGGGUGACCGUGAGCCCAUAUUAGCCAGUUUGAUUUGUCGCACAUUCCACGAUCAUUGCAUGGUUUUUGUACAAACAAAGAAGCAAGCACAUCGUCUACACAUCCUGCUUGGCUUACUAGGCAUACGCGCUGGCGAAUUGCAUGGCAAUCUCACUCAACAACAACGUUUGGAGUCAUUGAAGAAAUUCAAGGAAGAACAAAUAGAUGUUCUUAUAGCGACUGAUGUGGCGGCGCGUGGUUUAGAUAUUGUAGGCGUGAAGACUGUCAUCAACUUCGUUAUGCCUAUCACAACGGAGCACUACAUUCAUCGAGUCGGCCGUACUGCACGUGCGGGACGCGCAGGUAUAUCCGUGUCACUGGCUGGCGAAAAAGAACGCAAAAUCGUUAAAGAUAUUAUCAAGAAUGCAGAAAACUCUGUGAAGAAUCGUAUUAUACCUCCGGAAAUAAUCGAGAAGUAUCGAAGGAAGUUGAACGCACUAGAGCCGGAAAUACAGAACAUCUUGGACGAAGAGCAAGCGGAACGCCAACUGGCUAAAAUGGAGCAGCAGCUUUCAAAAACGGAACGUAAAUUACAAGGCACCCAGGUAGAACAUCGUGAGUGGUUCCAAACGCGUAAGCAACGUGAAGAUGAAAAGGAGCGCCUAGCCAUUACACCUUCUGAGGAGAAUAAAAAAUCUGCUGGCACUUCAAAUAACAAAGGUGUUAAACGCAAACGUGUCGAAUAUGGUGGGGAGGGUGAAGAUGGACCGCCAGUGAAAGAGCUGGCUGCCAAGAAAAAGAAAAAGGAAGAACCGAAGAAAAAAUCUCCAGAACAGUUGGCAAAGGAACGUGUUAUUAAAGAGAUUGAAAAGGCGUCUUUGGUGCGUGCCAAAAUGUCAAAGCUGAAGAAACGGCCGGGUAAGCUAAACUCCGUGGCUGACGAGCAAACCAAGAAACAUGUCUCUGACUAUGGUAAGCUGAAGCCGAAGAGGCGUCACGGUCAAUCAGCGUUUACGAACGAUUUAACAGAUGUUAGUCGUAGCGGAGCAUUGCGUUUAAGAUCUGAGGCGAAUCGUCAUAAGAAGUUGUCGCAAAUUGCGAAAAAGAAGAAAAUUAGCAGCGUGAAGAUAGCCAAUAAAUCUGGCAAAAAUAAAUUUAACAAAGGGAAGAAUUUUGGUGGUCCACGUUUUACAAAGAAGAAAUAAAAAAUAAUUUAGUCUUGCGUUGUAUUUUCCUGUCUUGUCCUUGUAAAUAUAGAAAUGAUUUAUUCACA